AUUUAGCUAAAGAAAAUCUAUUUCGUAAAGUUAGGAUUUUGAUGUUUUCUGUAAUCGGUCAACAAAAUGUCUUGCACAAAUUAUUAUUAUUAUUAUUAUUUUACUAAAAACAGUUUAUUUUUAUUUUGGUUAUAAAAAAAAUGGAUUAUCCGAAACAACAUACGGUUUCUUUUCUCCCCAAAAGAUUUUUUUUACUUUGAUUCUGAUCAGCCUAUCCAAUACUGGCUAUGCUUGCCUGUCUCUCUAUUCUAUUAUAUCUUAUAAUAAAAAAACCCCAUAAUAAACGUCUGCGCCAACCGACUUCUAGUUUCGAUUGGAACUAUACGAAUCAUACGAAUUUCGAUAAUCCGGCAAAUGGGUUCGUAGAUAUUUCUCCGAAGCAUAUAAUCCGAGGUAGGUUUUGUUAAAUGUUGCAGUUAUUCGGAGAAUUUUGAGGUUUAAGAGCUUGAGAUUAAUGGGGAUGGAGUUGGUCUGAGUUGACAAUUUUCGGUUGGACUGCACGUGAGAUGGCCUUGUCAAGCAAAACCAGAAAUAUGCUAGAGAAUCUGGUAAGAGAAGGAUCAUUUAAAUGGUUACUUGGCAGCAGAAGUUCUUUUGAUGAGGAGUUCGAGGAGAUGGGAAGGUCUCCUUCUGCCCGAAAGAAUUGGAUAUCGGAGCUCUCUCCACUAGCAAACAUAGUUGUUCGAAGAUGCUCAAAAAUCCUUUCUGUUCCUACAACCGAGCUUCAAGAGAGCUUCAAUGCAGAGGCAUCUCAUUCUGUAAAGCAUCCAUCACGAUACGCUAGGAACUUUUUGGAAUAUAGUUGUUUCAGGGCACUUGCUCUGUCAACACAAGUUACUGGUCAUUUGGCUGAUAAGAAGUUCCGACGUUUAACAUAUGACAUGAUGGUAGCUUGGGAGGCUCCAGAUGCUGACAGCCAACCUUCAGUUAAUAAGUUAGAUGAGGACAUUUCAAUUGGGAUAGAAGCUUUCUCUCGAAUAGCUCCGGCAGUUCCUAUUAUUGCAAAUGUAAUCAUCAGUGAAAAUCUUUUCGAGGUGCUUACAACAUCAACUGGUGGGCGACUUCAGUUUUCCAUCUAUGACAAAUACCUAAGUGGAUUAGAAAGAGCAAUAAGAAAAAUGAGGACACAGUCAGAAUCAUCCCUUCUUUCUGCAAUUCGAUUGUCAAAUGGAGAGAAAAUUCUGGAAAUGGAUGGAACAGUUACUACUCAACCUGUUCUAGAGCAUGUAGGAAUUUCAACAUGGCCUGGACGGUUAACUUUGACAGAUCAUGCACUCUACUUUGAAGCUCUCCGGGUUGUAUCAUAUGACAAAGCAAAGCGAUAUGAUUUAUCAGAUGAUUUAAAACAGAUUGUUAAACCUGAGUUGACUGGCCCAUGGGGUACUCGACUUUUCGACAAGGCUGUAUUCUAUAAAUCUAUUUCAUUAUCAGAACCUGUUGUAAUAGAGUUUCCUGAGCUAAAAGGCCAUACGCGUAGGGAUUAUUGGUUAGCAAUUAUCAGAGAGAUUUUAUAUGUCCACAGAUUUAUAAAUAAGUUCCAGAUCAAGGGAGUUAAACGGGAUGAAGCAGUUUCGAAAGCUGUGCUUGGUAUUCUGCGAUUACAAGCCAUUCAAGAUAUUAGUUCUGCAAUCCCUCUACUUUAUGAGUCUCUUCUUAUGUUUAAUCUUUGCGACCAACUUCCAGGGGGAGACUUGAUACUAGAGACCCUGGCAAAUAUGUCAAGUUUAAAAGAAAUAGAUCGUAUGAAUAAGUCUAAGUCUGGAAGUGGUAUGUAUUCAAUCUCAGCGUUAGACAUGGUUUCUAACUUGGGCUUUGUGUUCAACACAAGCUCUAACAAUCCCAAUGAAGAUGGUCUUGUUGUGGGCGAGAUAACUGUGGGAGAGAUGACAUCAUUGGAAAGAGCAGUUAAGGAAUCUAAAAACGAUUACGAAAAGGUGGUGGUAGCACAACAAACAAUUGAUGGAGUUAAAGUUGAGGGAAUUGAUACGAAUUUGGCAGUGAUGAAGGAAUUACUCUUUCCAAUGAUGGAAUUGGGAAAGUGCCUUCAUUCCUUGGUGUAUUGGGAGGAUCCCCUCAUGUCCUUGGGUUUUUGUUCUCUUUUUACUUAUAUUAUUUUCAGGCAGUGGUUAGGUUACACCUUUGCACUGAUGCUCAUCUUUACCGCGAUCUUUAUGGUACUGACGAGAUUUUGUAGCCAAUGGAACCCUGUUGAUGAGGUAAAAGUGUUAGCUCCCCCACCGAUGAACACAAUGGAGCAGCUUUUAGCUGUCCAAAAUGCAAUUUCACAAGCUGAAGAGUUCAUCCAGGGUGGAAACAUUGUCCUUCUGAAGCUACGGGCAUUAUUGCUGGUGAUUUUUCCUCAGGCCAGUGAGAAAUUUGCGAUAGCGCUUCUGUUAGUGGCUUUGGUUUUUGCCUUGCUGCCAAGCAAGUACGUUGUUUUAUUCCUGUUUUUGGAGGCAUUUACAAGGUAUUCACCGCCAAGGAAAGCAAGCACAGAGAGAUGGAUGAGAAGACUGCGGGAAUGGUGGUUCAGCAUUCCGGCUGCCCCUGUUCUUCUUGAAAGAGAAAAGGAAGAUAGAAAGAGGAAAUGAUCUUUGUAGUUUUUGAUAUUUGUAUAUAUAAAUGUUUAUUUAGAGAGUUUUUACCACAUAUCUGUGAGAGUGUAAAUGUCAAUGCAAAGACAAAUCUGAAUAUGUCAACAAUGCAAAUAAGAAAAGAAGAAAAAUGAGUUUGGCCUUUGGUCGCGUACUCUAUUAAUCUUCUUACUCAA